AUGGAGGUCAGAGUGCUCUCAGGUCUGGGGAGCUCAGGGAGUUCUUGGCUCUGGAGAGCUCUUCCCAGCUCAAUGAGCCUGGGAGCUCUCAGCUUCUCUCUGGCCCAGGCCUUUCAGAUGCUUCCUCGGGUGAGGGCAGGAAACAGCCGUGCAGACAGUCGGUGGGUUACAGGAUGGAGUUGCCAGGUACCCCGCUGGGCUAUGACAACGGGACCGUAGCUGACCGUCUUUGGGCCGAGCACAUUCUGGUGCCCUCGCUGUUUGCGGGUGCCUGCUUCCUGUUGGGGAUCCCUGGGAACGGCUUGGUCAUCUGGACCAUCUUGACCCAGAUCCAGGAGCGCUCGGUAACUCUAGUCCUCAUCCUGAACCUGGCCAUGGCUGACUUCUUGGCCCUGCUCACGCUGCCCGUCCUCAUCCACUCGAUUGUUGGCAGUUGGAUCUAUGGGGUGAUCUUUUGCAAGUUCAUCGUCUACCUCGUCUACCUCUGCAUGUAUGCCAGCAUCAACUUCAUCACCCUGAUGAGCCUCCAUCGCUUUGUAGCCAUUGUCUACCCAUUUGCCUCUCAUAGGUGGCAGCGGAAGAGGGUGGUCUAUAUGGUGGUAGGGGCUGUGUGGAUUCUGGCUGCAGUGUUUGCAACUCCACUUCUCCAGUUUACGUCAACCGUGCAGGCAGAUGGACGUAUCCAAUGUCCAGAUGUUGUAUAUGAUUUUAAUAAGCAACCUAUUGCCCCCAAUGUUGUGGAGACGUUGUUUGGAUUUGUCAUUCCUCUCUGUGUCUUAGUUGUGUGCUACGCCUGUGUGGCUCAGAGGAUCCAGCACAUGCAAAGUCUGAAGAAAAACAAGACUGGAAAAUUGAUUGCAGCCAUUGUCAUCGUUUUCUGUGCUUGCUGGCUUCCUUUCCACACCCUCAACAUCCUGACUGUUGCUGCUUUGUUAUUAAAAUCCUCCAAUCCAGAGAGAUCCCAGGCUUUGCUCCACGUCGUACAGUCGGGCAGACUUCUCUCCAUUGCACUGAUAUUCCUCAGCAGCUGUCUGAAUCCGAUUCUCUAUGCCUUCGCUGCCCGUAGUUUCCGUGGCGGGAUGAAAGGGAGCAAUUUUGCUAAGCUCUUUGGGCAAAUGAAUGAUGGAAUGAAAGAGAAGCCCGAGAAAGGGUCUCCGGCUGCAGAAAGUCAGAAUGCCCUCCAGAUCACAUAAUCCUCAUAUGCUUUUCUGCCUCAGGCCUAGUCCUAGCUUUUGGAGGGAGUUCCCUCUCCUGGGGGCUGCUUCAGGGGACUGUAUUUUGCCCAAGGACUUGGAAAAAGUAAUGAAUGCCCACUCUUAGUAUUAAGGGAAAAAGAACACUGAGUCGUCACUGGCAGAGGAGAAGGUGAAUGCUCUCAUACUGAUGCCUUUGCUUAAAAUGCCCGGCAGCUCUGGCUAUAUCAUAGAACUGAUAAUAAAUGAUAGGCAAUCAGUUCUUUAUUCUCCUUUCAUCAGUGCAUUAAUAAAUAGCAAAUCAUUGGUCACUCUUAUCCCAGGACACUGAGUAGAGAUAAGCUUUUCAGGUAUGUUGCUUGUAAAUCACUGUAUUUGGUUUUUAACACCAAAAUGGACAGUGGCCAUGCACUAAUAGUGAAAUGAAUGUUUGCUGGAUGUGCUUAAGAUGUCCUGGAAGCCAAUGAAUAAUUUCUAUUUUUAUGUUUUCUAUACUGAAUGCAUGAUAUUAAAUGUCAAUUGCUUAAA